AAGAAACGCUGAGCUUUUCAGUUUCUCUCACACGAAGAAAGAACAUAUGCCAAAACUAAAUGAGAAGAAAGGGAUUCCAAAGGCAACCCCAUGAGCAUUACCAGUGUCCAUCUUCUUUCUCAUCAUUAUGUUUGUGGCAAUUAAUGAUUAAAGAGAAAUCAGAAGCCCCCCAAAAAUGAAAGAAAUAAAGGUAUUUGUCUCACUUUAGAUCAAAUCUCCUGAACCUUGAUCAUCCAUCUUUGCAUGGCUGGCAUCUGGAGCUGUUCCAUCUCUCUUUAUAAACAAGCAACGGAAGCAGGAUGUUGAGGAUCAAAGCCUGCACUGAUGGAGCUAAGAAGGCUCAACCUGGGACUGCUCUCCCUUCUGCUCUACGUGACCUGCUGCUUCUGCGAUCGAUGUGAGGCAAGAGGAUCAGAGCAGUUGGACAUGGCUUCUUCACAUUCCGAUCCCUCUUCACUCCCCUCAUACUGUGUCUAUCCUCCAUUCACUCCGUCGCCACCUUCUACAACACCAAUCCGAUCACCGCCAGCACCACCACCGUCAUCGAUCUACAGUCCUCCACCGGUGGUCGUGCCCGGCCCGCCAUUCUACGUGCCAGGCCCGCCACUGUUCCUGCCUCCGGUAGUCUACCCGCCGCCACGAGCGCCGCCGCCUCCGGGGGCAGGGGGAACGCUGCCGGGGCUGUGGUGCGUCGCGAAGCCGACGGUGCCGGACCCGAUCAUCCAGGAGGCCAUGGACUACGCUUGCAACUCCGGCGCGGACUGCGACUCCAUCCAGCCCGACGGGUUGUGCUUCCAGCCCGACACGCUGCUGGCUCACGCAUCCUAUGCCUUUAACAGCUACUGGCAGAGGACCAAGGUCGCCGGCGGCACGUGCGACUUCGGCGGCACCGCCAUGCUGAUCACCGUCGACCCAAGCUACGAUGGCUGUCAUUUCAACUUGAUGUGAAGCAAGACAUCCGUGCAUUCUCCAUGGUUUUACCCCGUUAAGAGUAGAGCAGUUGUUGCAGGAAGGUCAUCGGUGGACGCCAUGUUUGCCGUGAAGUUUUGGCCGAGCAUUCACAGAGAUGAACUGUGGUCUUUCGAAGACAGAUGUGAUUAAUGAGAGCGGCUGGUUGGACUGAUGGUGGCUAAUUUAUGACAUCAUAUUUGUUGUUUUAAUUGC